UAUUAACCGCGCGCGAUUUCGCUUUUGAACAAUUUCUGUUCUAACUUCUGAAGUUCUGGCUCAGUCUGUUGUAAAUUCUGAUAUUCAUUGUGUAACAUACAUUCUUUUGGAGACUACUACAUCACUGACUACUUUGGAUUAAUUGAUUGUUUUGUUCAAACAAUUCAAGCGCUUUAUUUUUCGAAGGAGGGACGAUUUUUAUUGCGAGUGACAUGUCAGUAUCUAUUCUAGGGCGUAGCGGACCUUUCCGAUAUUCGUGCCCGACACUGUGGGUUGGCUGGACCUAGACUACCGCCUACCGGUAUACCACUGCAUGGGACUACUGGAUCAGCGUCUCGAAGCUUUUUCUAGUCCCUGAGACCAGCGGAGCUGAGCUGAGGCUGAGACUGAGACAGAUCUGCGGUUCAGUCUGAGUCCUGUCUAUUGAAAUGAAACAUUGUCUGAUGAGACCAAGCUGACUUGGCCACGAAAACAACUCAGUUAAACUUUAAAGUUAUUUUGAAUCUGACUUUAGAAAGUUAACAAAACUCGAGUCAAUUCAACUAGCCAAUCCCAGUCAGACAGAGUUGAACUUCAACUUACUAGUAGAUCUACUAUUUAAUCUGAGAUAAACUUUGUUCAUUUAACGCUGUAAAAAUGUUUUCUUCAGAAAUGGAUCCUCAUGCCAAUUUUGGGAUAUCUCUGCAAGGGUUACCUGAACUGGAUGGUGGAGUAGAAGAUAAGGGGAGAGGAGCACCAUCAGGGGCUUCAUUUGCAGGAUCCAGAUUCUCCAUGGAGGAGCUAAAGAGCAUGCAGGAGGCCUACAUGGCGGAGGCAAAGAGAUUACAAGAAGAGGUGAACGUCCUAGAAGAUGACCUGGAAGGAGAAAACAUGGCUGCCCUGAGUAUACCAAGUGUGACAUUAGAUUUACUCAGGGAUAUACUCAAAAUGAAUAAUGAAGAAGAACAAGAUAUGCUUCGUAUGCAUGAGAUGCAGUCCAGUCUUAGUGGUGUCCAGCUGACGGAUGCUACCACACAGGUAAGGAGUAACAACCCACACCGUACCGUCAGGUUACAGAGACUAGAAGGAAGCUGCUCGGGGCUUAAGUUUGCUGCUUCCUUUGAAGUGGAGGAAACCCUGGUAAAACAAACUGCUGAAGAACAAGCAAAUGCAGCCGAACUUCAUGAGAAGGAGACCAAUCCUGAGGUGAGGAAGGCUGUCAUUCAGAAUCUUGACCUGGAAGUAGAUCCUUGUUGCCUGGGUGAGAUGAUGACCUUUCUAGCAGAGGCUGAGAAAGAGUGUGACCUGCAGCCGUUCCUGAGGGGAUAUGCUGACUAUGCUAGGUGGUACCAGCAUAGGAUAAGGAUCUACUCACAUUUCAAGAAAGAAUAUCCAGAGACAGUGAGCCUUCCAGAUGGUCAAGAUGGAGCAACCCUUCAGAUUGUGUGUCCUCGGCAGAGGGGAAUCAUCUACAGCAUCACAUGGAAGAUAGACAUAGCAAGGACUGGUAAAUGCACACCAGAAGUCGGCUUAUCGGUCAAAUCAGCAAAAGAAGUCUCCAAGUUGGACACCAAGAAGACACUGAACAGAGCUCCAGAAGAAUUCAAGAACAUGGUGGAUACACUGGGAGUGGACAAAGCAUUGGAUACUUUCUUGAGGGCUAUUGCUCUCCAAUGAAACCUAGUGGGUUUUCCAUUGGACAUGACACUGUUAAUACACUAACCAUGUGACUCGGAGAUGCAUGUUUAUUGACUACCGGUAAUAAAAGCCUGCUGAAUAAGAUUUAAAUAUAGUUUUACACACAUUUUUCAUGGAUUCCAGCUUGAGUUUUGGGGGAUUAUUAUUCAAUGGACUGAUUGAAGGUUUUAUAUAUAUAUAUAUAUACAGGGCUGUCAACCCUCUCGCAUUUGGAGGGAGUCUCACGCCACCAUGCUCAUUCUCCCGCCGUCCCACCAGCUACGGCCUUCCACACGCUCUCCCGCAAUCUCCCGGUUUAUGAAAAAACCUCCCGCCAGACGUGUAAAAUGAACCAGCGUACUCGUAUCGUACGG